UGCGCGUGCCAGGAAUCAGCCAGCCCGUGACAGGACUCUCUCACCUGAGGAGCGAAACGGCCACCAACCGCCCUGACCGGGACCCACUCACCGCCCGCCCCAACGGCGGACACCGCCCACACCUGCAGCCAACUCACUGACACCGGAAACUUCCCGGAGUAACCGAGCACUAACCGGACACCGAGCCUGGGACUCAGCCCCCACCGAGAGCCGCCAUGCCCUGCUGUGGGGAGUAUCAGGUGUCUGAAAUACAAAGGCAAUGGAGACCACUGAUAUACCGGAGGUGUACAGAUAUUGCAUGGUUGGUUGUAUUUUUCAUCUUCUGGUGUGGUUUGAUGUUUAUAAAUGGAUAUGCUUUAACAGCGGGAGCUGCAGAGAGAUUAGUUUUUGGUUACGAUAGCUAUGGCAACAUAUGUGGCAGAAAAAACCAUCCGAUACCUACUGCUCGAUAUUCUGGACAAGACAUGACUAACAGAAAGUAUGUUUUCUUUUUGGAUUCCUGCAAUCUGGAGAUCAGAAAUCUGAAAAUUAAUUCCAUUGCUUUGUGCGUAUCAAGUUGUCCUCAAGAACCGCUUAAAUCAUUAGAAGACCUACAGUUAUUUGCAAAGAACAAUGGUUCAUAUCUCUGUAAUUACAGACUGAACUUUACAGAAUACACAAGGCAUCCACUGGCUUCUAAAUGGUGUCCUGUGCUUCCAGUCCCAUCAAGCAAAUCCAUUCCACUGUUUAAUCGAUGUGUUCCUCAGAGUCCUGACUGUUACUCCCGCUUUGCUUCUGUUCUAAUAAAUGUGGUUAAUGAAGUAGACUUUUUUCAUCGGAUUCUCAGUGGAAUUAUGGCCGGCAGAGAAAAUGUAAUAGGACUAAGCAUUCUUGCAGUAGCUUUAUCGAUAUUGAUGGUUUUAGCAUUUCGAUAUAUCAGCGCUCUACUCGUUCACAUGUUUGUUACCCUGGUUGUUUUUGGACUUCUAUUUGUGUCUGGAAUCCUUUGGUGGCUAUAUUAUGAUCAUAAGAAUGAUCCAAGUUACCUACUUGAAACUGGAAAGGAGAAUGCAAGGUUAUUACUUGUAUUUUCAAUAGUUUCUACAAUCAUAACCGUCAUUCUACUGAGUUUAAUAUUUAUACUAAAGAAACGGAUCAGUAUGACCAUACAGCUCUUUGAAGUUGCAAGCAAAUUUAUUAGCUGUGUUCCACUCCUCAUUCUGCAGCCACUUUGGACAUUCAUCAUCCUUAUGUUCUACUGGGUGUUUUGGGUGGCAGUGCUCCUUGGUUUGGGGACUUCAGGUAGUGCCCGUGUCUUAUUUGAGGGAGAAGUGGAAUACAAAGCACUUUCUGGGAUUCGGUAUAUGUGGUGGUACCAUUUAAUUGGUCUUAUAUGGACAAGUGAAUUUUUUCUUGCCUGUCAGCAAAUGGUUAUUGCUGGAGUGACUGUUACUUGGUAUUUACAGAGAGAUAAAAAGAAUGUUCGGCACCCAAUACUGUCAUCUAUGUCUCUUCUGGUGUGGUAUUAUCUUGGGACAGCGAUUGCAGGAUCCUUCUUGCUAACUCUUCUGAGAAUACCCAGAAUGAUUUUGUUAUAUAUCUCUCAAUUGCUAAAGCAAAGGGACAAUGCGUGUGCCAAGUGUACGUCCCGAUGCUGUUCCUGUGGUUUUUGGUGCCUUGAAAAGUGGCUGAGAUGUUUAAAUCAGAAUGCGUAUGCUGCAACAAUAAUAAAUGGAACACCAUUCUGUGCCUCUGCAAAGGAUAGCUACAACCUCAUGAUCAAAAAUCCCCCCUUUGUAUCAUACCUGAACUGUGCUGGGGUAUUCAUGAUUUUCCUCGGAAAGGUAUUUGUAGUGUGUUUUACGGUGUUUGGAGGACUUAUGGCAUUCAACUAUCACCGUGAACUACAUGUUUGGGUUGUACCUCUGCUGUUGGUUGCCUUUUUUGCUUAUUUGGUUGCCCACAGUUUUCUGUCACUGUUCGAAACAGUUGUGCACAGUUUGUUUCUGUGUUAUGCAGUGGACAUCGAGACCAAUGAUGGAACUCCUGAAAGACCAUACUUUAUGGAACAAGAUCUAAUGCACGAGACUCUUAAUGCUGCUUAUCAGGGAGGAGACAUGGCCUCCAUAGUUGAUUCAAUCCAAUGCUCCUCAGAGGCAUUAAUUCACCGAAGUACCAGUGUACCUGAAAAACUGAACAUACCAACACAGAAUGGUGAUGAAGGUACAGAACUACAGCCAAUAGCCAGAGCAGAAUGAUCAUCCUUUUUUACAAAUGGAGCUUCCUGUCUGCUGAUAAACUACAGCUCUGCAAAUGUACAGUUAAGAGACAAGAGACUGGCUCGUUUGGAAGACUUAAUGACUGGUUGCAUCACAAAGCUUCCCUGCAGUACAAGAGCUUAGGAAUUUGUUUCCAACACUAUAUGCUGUGUGACUACGGGCAUGCACAAAGUACAACCCUACAGUUUACUUCUUUAUAAUGAAAUCUGUUGCCAAAGUUCCCAGAAGGAUUUCUACAACGUUUGCUGCACAGUGCAAGAACAUAAUGCAUUGCGUUUGUAUCCAGUGGUAACACAGACUGACAUGGUGCUUUGCACAGCCUACCAUAAUGACUUUUUUUGGUUUUUUUUUUUUUUUUUAAAGCCAUUCCUUUUGCAUGGAUGCCAAUUCAAACUUGAAGUUGAGGAUGAGAGAUACUCUCCAAUGUGUUUUUUUUUUUUUGUUUUUUUUACUACUCCCACCUUUGUUUGCAUUAUAUAGACAACUUUUACUCUUCAGGCUUUCUCAACUCUGAUCCUUCAGGCUAAUCCCUACAAAAGAAGAACUGCAACUGUACACUUCUGUAGUAUGUCUCAUAAAUUACAAAAAACAAAACACAUUUUAGUAAUUUAAAAGUAAAAUUCAGCUUCACUUUUAAACUAUUUAAAGGGACACUCCAGGCACCCAGACCACUUCUGCCCAUUGGAGUGGUGUGGGUGCCAACUCCCACUA